CCCCGCCCCGCCCCCGCCCCGCCCCUAGCCCGCAAGGCCAGGAAGCGCGGAAGGAACCGCCGGGGGCCAUGGACGGGGCUGUGAUGGAAGGGCCGCUCUUUUUGCAAAGUCAGCGUUUCGGUACCAAGAGAUGGAGGAAGACCUGGGCCGUGCUCUAUCCUGCCAGUCCCCACGGCGUAGCGCGGCUCGAGUUCUUUGACCACAAGGGGUCGGGCGCUGGAGGGGGCCGAGGGGGCUCGCGCCGCCUGGACUGCAAGGUUAUCCGUCUGGCAGAGUGUGUGAGCGUGGCCCCUGUGGCUGUGGAGAGCCCCCCUGAGCCCGGCGCUUCAGCUUUCCGCCUGGACACUGCGCAGCGCUCCCACCUGCUGGCGGCCGACGCGCCGUCCAGCGCCGCCUGGGUGCAAACGCUGUGCCGAAACGCCUUUCCGAAAGGCAGUUGGGCUCUGGCGCCUGCUGAGAACCCACCCAAGCUUUCUGCCUUGGAGAUGCUGGAGAACUCGCUGUAUAGCCCCACCUGGGAAGGAUCCCAGUUCUGGGUAACCGUACAGAGGACUGAAGCCGCUGAGCGCUGUGGCCUGCAUGGCUCCUAUGUGCUGAGGGUGGAGGCUGAGAAGCUGACUCUCCUGACCAUAGGGGCCCAGGGUCAGAUACUGGAGCCACUCCUUUCCUGGCCUUAUACUCUGUUGCGCCGCUAUGGCCGGGACAAGGUCAUGUUCUCUUUUGAGGCUGGCCGCCGCUGCCCUUCAGGCCCUGGAACCUUCACCUUCCAGACAGCACAGGGGAAUGAUAUCUUUCAGGCGGUUGAAACUGCUAUUCACCGGCAGAAGGUCCAGGGAAAGGAUGGUCAAGGGCAGGACAGUCUCAGAGCCGAUUCCCAUGAAGGAGAAGCGGCAGAAGGGAAGUUGGUGUCCCUCCCUGGCCCUCAGGAACUCCCGGGCACUCCUCCGGCCCUGUAUGCUGAACCCUUAGACUCACUGCGCAUUCCUUCAGGCCCUUCCCAGGAUUCCCUAUACUCAGACCCCCUGGACAGCACCCCUGCUCGGGCAGGGGAGGCGGCACAGUUAAAGAAACCUCUUUACUGGGACUUGUACCAGCAUGUGCAGCAGCAGUUGCUGAAGGCCAAGCUGACGGACCCCAAAGAGGACCCCAUCUAUGAUGAACCUGAGGGCCUGGCCCCAGCUGCUCUCCGGGGCCUUUAUGAUUUGCCUCAGGAGCCCAAGGAUGCAUGGUGGUGCCAGGCUCGAGUGAAGGAGGAGGGCUACGAGCUCCCCUAUAACCCUGCCACUGAUGACUAUGAAGUGCCACCGCCUCCUCGGAGCACAAAGCCCCUCCUGGCUCCCAAGCCCCGGGGCCGGCCCUUCCCUGAGCCUGGAGUUGCAGCUGGUGGUGGUGGCGGUGGUGGUGGCAGAGGCCACAGUUCAGACACUGUCCUGUACAGCCAGGUCCAAAAGAGCGGUGGUGCCCCGGGGAGCUGGGACUGUGGGCUGUCCAGGGCAGGGGCUGAAGGGACCAAGGCCAAGGCAGAGAGCUCCACAUGAGAGGGCGAAGCUGGGAACACUGUGGGAGGACCACGGGAAGGUGGCACUGGGGAUCAAAGAUACUUGUUAGGAGCUGCAGGAACCAGAGGGCCGGAAGGUCCUGUGUGAGCCAGCCCAGGGCACUAGGGGGACCAGGGGAGUCAAGGGGAGGACGAUCAAUCUCAAGAAGUCCUGAAAGUGGGACAGGUGGCAGGGGUGAGGGAUAGGACUUGGGAGAGACCGGCACCCCUAAGUCAUCCUCCCCAAAGGAAUGGACAGCGCUGGACCAGGUCUAUGAAGAGGGGUGCUUGCUCUGAGUUGGUGCAAAGGGGCCUGCAUGGAGGCUACAGGGAGCUGCUGAACUGUGCCUGGAUCCUGACCCCUGCAUUGUUCUUUGCCAGAGACAUAGAUUUUAAAAAGUUUAUUCUCAUUAAAGUCAGUUUGGGUUUAA